GUUGAGAGUUGCGCGCGGCGCGGGUGUGGCAGUGCUGGGGGGUGCACCGAGCCGGCGGCGGCGGGGCAGCGCGGAGCCAGCUGGCGUCGACCGACGGCCACGGCGUCGGAACGUCGGCGACGCGCGUCGGCCAUGCGCGCCCCUCGCUGCCGCGCCGGCUGCACACCUCGCGUCGGCGCCCGUGUCCCGGCGUCCGGACGUGGCGGCGGCGCUGCUGGCGUGGGCGGCGGCGGGGGCGGGCGGGGGUCCGCGCGUCACCCCGAGCGUGUCGGCGUCGUCGACCGGCACCGCCCCCGCCCCCGCGCCGCCGCCGCUCACCUUCCGCGCCUCCAACUUCGGCCCUCGCAGCCACGCUGCCCGCAGGGGCUUCGGCGGCUCGAGCGCGGGCGCCGGCGCCGGCAGCGACGACCUCAGCUCGCCCUACAACCACUACCGCUGCCUCUCACCCAGCGAGCAGCACCUCAACCACCUGCACCACCACGCGGGCGUCGGCUUCCGCUCGCACCACGCAUCCAACGCCGCCAUGGCGCCCGCCAGGUUCCUGAAGCGGCAGUUCAGCUUGGACCGCGGCGACGACCACGUGGCGGGCGGCGGCGGGCCGGUCACGUCCAUGUCGACGACGACGCUGGACGCGGGGCCGGGCGGCGCGUGCGUGGGCGGCGCGGGCGGCGGCGGCGGGGCGCUGGCCGGGGCCCUGAGCGCGCUGAGCGGCGUGGCGGGGCGCGCCGCCUCCACGGGCCGCCUCAACAAGCAGAACUCGGCGGGCGCGGCGCACGACCUGGAGCGCAUCGAGGAGAUCCCGCUGGCGUCGCCCGGGGCGGCGGCGGGCGCGGGCGCGGGCGUGGGGCGCGGCGGCGGCGCCGGCUA